AUGAACAUUUUUGCUAUAGGGGCCUCCAGAAACAUUGGUUACUAUUCCUCCCUUCGCCUGCUAGCCGCAGGGUGUAACAUCACAUUUUUGCUUCGCUCGCCGUCUGUCUUCGAUACGGACGAAACGAUUCAGUCAUAUGUUCGAUCUGGCAAAGCACAGCUUGUCAAAGGAGAUGCUCUGGUGCAGAGUGACGUUCAACAUGCUUGGGACGAAGCUCUGACCCACGGAGCUGUUGAUCUAGUCUUAUUCACUGUCGGUGGUUUGCCCUCAUUCAAACUAUCGAAGGGUUUCGUCGUCUCUCCUGCUAAUCUCGUUACUCAAUCUUUAUUAAACGUCUUGUGCACAAUGCCUUCACAACAGCCACAACCCAGGCUUAUCACCAUUUCCUCUACGGGGCUCACGCAUUCCUCAUUCGCUCUCAUUCCUUUCGUUCUGAAACCCUUGUACGCUCUCCUCUCUGUCCCGCACAAGGACAAAGUGGGCGCCGAACGCGUUAUCGCCCACUGUGCGGGAUGGAAGUGGGAAGUGGACAGUGACGAAGAACCGGGAGAUGAUAUCUUGGGUGAACGAUGGCUAGAGAGGGAUGGAUUACCUGCUGCUGGAUCGUUCAAAAACGUGCUUGUGAUUAGGCCGGCGCUGUUGACGGACGGUGAAUGCAAGGCUGAGAAGGGUGGAAAGAAAAAUGCUUAUAGGGUGAAGGAAGGAGAUUUUAGUGCAUAUACUGUGUCGCGGAAGGAUGUUGGGCAUUUUGUAGCAGACGCGGUGCUGAAUCGGUGGAGCGAGUUCGAAAACAAGCUGGUCACUAUUGGAUAUUAA